GGAACAUUAAUUACACUUAAGAUUGGUUAAAAUGAAAUUUUGUCUUCGUAACACACAGUAUUAUGGGCCAUUCGGUAGGUUUUUUUAAGGUUGAAAAAUGUUGCAAUGAAUUAGGAGUUUGCACAACAACACACUAUUUUUUACUUAUUUGCAAAAAUGACUUGUUUCUGAAGACCUUUCUAUUCCUUGGUUUUUUUACGUUCUGCAGUUAAAAUGGAUCAAAUAUAUUUAAAACUCUAAAUUAGUACGACCUGGAUUCGAACGAUAAAAGGGAUUCAAUCCCACCUCAUGACUGGACUAGGGAUUCAACUCCGGCACAGGCGUGGAUUAGGGAUUCCCUCCCUUCGAAGGAGUGUAUUAAGGAUUCACAUCCUGCAAAAGAGUGGAUCAAGGAUUCACAUCCUCCAAAGGAGUGGAUUAGGAAUUCUGGUCCUGCUCCAGAUCUAAUUAGGGAUUCAGCUUAUGAUCCAGACCUGAUAAGGGAUUCAGUUCAUGCUCCUGAUUGGAUUAGGGAUCGGAUAAAGGCCGCCAAAUCUCGAAACAGGAUUGAAAAUCUUACUUUCAAUCCUGAUCAAUCCAUUUCAAGGAUUACAGCAAGGAGCAGUUUGAAGAAUACUGUUCUGGGUUUAAUUCGAAUCUGGUGGAAGUUUAUAUUUGUUUCUCUUCUUCCUUUUCUUCUUGUUCCAAUCCUAGUAUACUGGCCUCAACCUCCGGGAAGAUGUAUGUAUGUUCUUGUUUUAAUGGGAAUAUGCUGGCUUCUAGAACUUCUUCCAAUCCCAGCUACAGCUCUCAUUCCCAUUAUUGCAUUCCCACCUCUAGGAAUUAUGACAACGGCUCAGACAAGUAUGUAUUAUAUGAAAUCUUCUUGUAUGCUAUUUAUUGGUGGGCUAAUGGUAGCCAUUGCUAUAGAAAACUCAAACCUCCACAGACGAGUGGGAUUACGAGUUCUUCUAAUGGUUGGGAGUUCCCCCCGUCUUGUUCUCCUAGGGUUCAUGAUCCCAACUGCUAUCCUCUCCAUGUGGAUCAGUAACACCGCCAGCACGGCCAUGAUGAUUCCCAUCCUGGAGGCUGUUCUUGUAGAGCUCGGAGCUCAUCAUAGAAACAUGAUGAUGCUUGCUAUAGCCUUCGCUGCUAAUGUUGGCGGCACCGGCACUCUGAUCGGCACACCGCCAAACCUGGUAUUUUUUGAAUUUAUCGGGAAACUGAAAGGUCAACCUAUUACAUUUGGAAGCUGGAUGGUAUUCUGUGCUCCUCUCAUGUUUGUGAACCUUCUAAUUGCCUGGCUCUGGUUACAACUUCUCUUUCUUCCUAUUUGUCGCAAGAAUAACAAAGUUAAAGAUGAACUUGAAAAUAUUUCUGAAAAAGGAGAAACUGAUAUCAAAACUCUGUUAACAUCAAGGUAUAAGGAUCUAGGAUCUAUGUCUCGCCAUGAAUACUCAGUUCUAGGAUUGUUCCUACUACUAGUUGUGCUCUGGUUAACACGAUCCCCUGGUUUUAUGACAGGUUGGGCAGAUCUUCUCCCUCCUGGAGUAACCGACGCUACUCCAGCAAUACUUAUCUCCCUAAUCAUGUUUGCAGUUCCAGCAGGGGCAGGAGGAGAGACUCUUCUCAAUUGGAAGUUGGUUCAGGAGAAGCUGGCCUGGGGGGUUAUUGUACUGCUAGGAGGUGGGUUUGCUCUGGCUGAGGGCGCAGAACGAUCCUGUCUCAAUAUAUGGGCAGGAGAACAGCUUGCUAAACUCGGUGGUCUGCCUCCUCAAGUUCUUAGAAUAAUACUAUCUCUGCUGGUUUCCCUAAUAACUCAGGUAGCCAGUAAUGCAGCUACUGCCAGCAUGCUGCUCCCUGUCCUCCUUCAGCUGUCCCAGCAGCUUCAUCUCAACCCUCUCUACUUGAUGCUUCCGGCAACAUUAACAACAAGCUUGGCAUUCAUGUUACCAGUUUCUACAGCUCCUAACGCAAUUGUAUUUGCAGCAAGUGGAAUGAGAACAGUUGAUAUGUUAAAGGCAGGAGUAGGUUUAACAUUUAUAACAGUUUUCGUGACAGUUGGAUGGACAGCAUCAGUUGGAAUUCCGAUCUUUUCAUUAGAUGAUUUCCCAGACUGGGCGAUCCCAAAUAAUCAAUCACUAGCUUCAAACUUUAGAAAAUGUUUAUAAGAUGUUGAAACCAAGAAUUGUGAAUAAGGGAAGAUUUAUUUUAGAAAAUUAAGAAUUUUACUGUUUUCUACAGACUCAAGACAUUAAGAAAUGGUUGGCUAGAUUUUGGGUAAUAAUUUUGAGAAUUGUUCUAUCAUAGGAGUAUUCUCCAAAGUAUGGACCUACAGUGUUAUAAGAACUGUCCACGUAUUUUGAUGUGAUUCUGCAUUUCCGAUUCACAUCGGUAUCGUUCAAAUCUUUGUCUGAGCAAAUAUGGAGAUAUCCUUCUUUUUCUUGCGGAUUUAUGCUACAUAGACAAGGGUUGAAAUUGUCAGAAUUAAUCUUUUUUUCAGAUAGAAAAAAGGCAUGUAAUUCUUUGAACAAACUGGUUAUUUGAAAUUACGUCGAAAGUUGUUGUUUUGUUAAUUGUUUUUUGAUAAAAAGAAUAUGUAAUUUAGUUUGAUUUUAUUGUAAUUAUAAUGUAAGUACAAACUGUCUUUAAACGAAGGAAAAUGAUAAUUAAUAAAAUUAUAGAAAAUA